AUGCCAACGGCAACAGCAUCCCCCUCAGCAACAUCCACGGCACGCUCUAGAGUAGUUACAAAGAAAGCAUCUGGCUCAACAACAGCUUCGCCCGCUGAAUCACCCCUUCAACCUUCUCGUACCAUCAACGCUCCACGACCCCAAUCAUCUGGCCUAACAAUGUCAAUGAAUGACGAUGCCGCUGAAAAGGCGAAGAGGAGGAAGUCUGCUCAUUUUGCAGAUCUAGCUGCAGGAGAUGGAGGGAAGGAAAAACAUCAUAAUGGAAAUGGCAAACGAACGGUAUCUGCUUUAGCUGUUCAACAAGCUGCUGCAGGAGGUCAGACAAUGGCUCAAAGAAGAGCCAAAAGGUUAUCAGCUGUAGAACCUGCUGCUCUCGUUGUCAGUAUGGAAGUGAUGAAUACAAAUUUUGAGGAGUGGAUGAAACUCGCUACUGAUAACAAAAUCACUGCAAACAACACAUGGAAUUUUGCUCUCAUUGAUUAUUUUGCCGAUCUGACGCUAUUGCGUAAUGGCCCAGAUGAUCAAAGUAUCAAUUUCCAGAAGGCAUCCUGUACUUUGGAUGGUUGUAUCAAGAUUUAUACCUCACGAGUAGAUAGUGUAGCUACGGAAACAGGGAAACUACUCAGUGGUUUAGCUGGAGGAGGCGCCGAAGGACAAGAUGGUGAGGAUGUUGAUGGCGAUGAUGAAGAAGGCGGAGAGCCUAAAGCAACUCGAAAAACAACAAGUCGUUCUGAAGCGACUUUGGCCAAAUCCUUUUCUCAAUUGCAAGUCAAGAAAUUUGACCUGGAAUUCACUGUUGAUCCGCUGUUCAAAAAGACUUGCGCCGAUUUUGAUGAAGGCGGUGCAAUGGGCCUGCUGAUGAAUCAUCUCAGUGUAGAUGGAAAGGGAAGAGUGGUGUUUGAUGCUGGAGAUGCAGGCGGUGAGGAAGAAGAGGAAGAGGAAGACGAGGACGAAGACGAGGAGAUGGUCGAACUUGAUAAGCUUAGGGAGUUCAUGCCUUGCACUGAAGCACUCCAAGCGCUAAAUAUUUCCGAUACCCUUUCUUCUUUCAAGUUUUCUUCGGAUCCAGAUGCGGUUCCGGAUUUCACCGCGUUAUUUGGAUUGAAAGAUUCGUAUAACGAUGACGAAGCUCGUCCCACCUUUGACGAUGAAGGGUAUGAGACCUUCCCUCAAGCUGGAGGCGAUGGAGAGGUUCAUGACUUCUUCGGCGAUGAGGAUUACGACGUGGGUCCUUCAGGUGGAUUUGACGAUGGCGCAUCAAUGGGAGGAGAUGAUAUGGAAGCUCCUGAAGCCUAUGGAAGACAAGGGAUGGGUGGAUCAUUAGCUAUGGCUGCACCAGGUGAACAUCUGGGUCCUUUUGACCCUAGACGUCAAGGUCAAGGUGAACUAGUCAUGGCAUUUGGUGCAGGAGAAGAAGAUGCGGAAGGCAUGUUUGAUUACUUCGACAAAGGUUUCGGGAAAGCUUGGGCUGGUGCAGAUCAUUGGAAAUUGCGUAAAGUGUCAAGAAAAGAUGCCACAACGCCUCUGGGCAAUGCCAAUGUUGCGACAAAGACUGCGAAGGCUGCCAAAACACCAUUCACCAUCGACUUUUCAUCACCUUCAACGUCUGCGUCUUCUUCGAAGACAUUAUUUGCGCCUGCUACCAAAUCAUCUAUCACUCUACCUUCAAAUCGAGGAGUCCUGUCUAGAUCAGGCAAGAAAAGCUCUGCAGGAAAGAGAAGGGAAGAAUGGUUGUUACCCGAUGAUAUGCACUUUAGCAGCAGGCAACUAUUGAGGCUAUUCCUAAAACCCAAAUUCUCGUUGCGUAUGAGGAGGCACGCUAAUGCUGCUCGAAUGGCUGAGAAUCCCAAUGGCGAGAUUGACGAGAACUUCUGGGCUCAGGCCGCUGCGGAUAGAGCAGACGGGGGCAUCGAUGGUGAUGGAAUGGACCUAGACUCUCAACCGACGCCCUUCGAAUCUCAAUUUUUCCAUGAUGAUGUGGAUGACGCCUAUGUGGACGACGCUCUGGACUCUGCGGAACCUAACAUAUAUGAUCCUAACGAAUCUGAAGAUCUUCUUCAAGGAUCUCAAGAUAUACAGCUUAAAAAGAGCAGGCCUGAAAACGUCAAUUUUGCUAAGAAAGCUAAGCGAGUCGAUGUAAAGAGAUUGAAAGAUGACAUCUGGACUGGUUUGAGAAGCCUUGUACCGCCUGAAAAGGAACAAUCAGAAGACGAAUCAGAUACACCGAAAACACCCGACGAUGCGGAACCGGUAAGAACAUUCGAUAACAUCAUCACUUCUCUUCGAUCGUCUUAUCCAACAGAAAAGAUGUCCGAAAUAUCAACAUCAUUCUGCUUCAUCUGUCUACUGCAUUUAGCAAAUGAGGAAGGACUCAAGAUCGAGACUGCUCGAUACGAUGGUAAAGAUGAGGAGGAUGUAGGAUGUCAAGGUUUUGUGGAGGACUAUCAAGGUGAUGGAGUUGCGCUGGGCAAAGCAAUGAGAUUGGAUGAAGGAGAAAAGAAAGAUAGGAUAGUGGGAGAGUUGCAGGCUUUGAAGGUGUACAAGGACCUCACUGCGGGAAGAGCAGCAUAA